UUUACCGAACGACGCCGUUUAAGGUACUGUUUUGAUUCCUUGGCCGAAGAGCAGACGCGACCGAAACCAAACCACCGUGUAGUCUCCAUCUCCGCCACGAUUUUGACUCGCCUGAAUCAUACCUCGAAGGAGCUUCACGAAUCCUUUCCGUCAAAGAAGACAAGGUUUCACUUUAAGCUUUGCUUCCAUAGGGUGCUAACUACUCUAAACGUGAUUGAAGGGUCUAAGAGCACAACCUCUGAAUUUGGAGCAUUGUUUGGUUUGAAACAAAUUCAAGAACAAGCUUCUAGGUGGUUAACGUCUCUGCGUAACAUAAGAGAUGAAAAUAGUUAAGGCAAAUGCAGGAGCACUUACAAAUUUCGAGGUGCUUGAUUUCCUAAACUCAAGAGGUGCAUCAAAAGAUACUACUAGAGUUAUAGCUCCAAUUGCUAGAUCAGAAUACAAGGUCUAUGAUUAUUUGUUGGAGACUGCUGCUUCCACUCAAACACGAGAGAGCGUUAACAAAUUCGCCGAUAAGUGCAAAGAUUUCAAAAUCGCCAAAGCUGAGAUUCUCAACAUCAUCAAUCUCCGGCCUUCUUCUAUUGUCGAAUUGGAUCCGAUCAUAGAGAAGGCCCCCGAGGGACAGGAAGAACGAGUAAUCGACACAGAUGGGAUAUUAGAGCUUGUGAAGGAUUUGCUACCGCCUCUGCCUACUACUGAAACUGAAACUCCUAAAGAUAAUGACGAAGAAGAAACAGACAACGGUGAACAGUCGUAGCAUGCAAAUGAAGUUUUCGAGUUGUUUCUCUUGUUAGCUUAAAAAUAUAUGUAAUCUAGCUUCGAAAUGAAACUGAAAUUGUACUAAACUAGAUUAAGUUAAAGAUGAUUUAAUCUUGGUUUCAUAUUCUAUA